AUUUCCGUUCCAUGAUACGAGCUCCCCUCCGUCAUCUCAACCCCGACCUGUCUUCGCCUCGCACAAACACAUUGUUUCACCAUGUCAUGAGGUUGAAUUGACAACUCAAUCCCCCACUUCAAUUCGACACUCUCUUUAACUCAAACACAGCUUCAGCCUUACAGAUUCCAGCAGCCUACCCCUCGCUAUCCGGGCCUCUGCCUAGCUCUCCCUAUCUCGUACGCUUCCCCCUGGAAGACCGGCUCUCAACAUGGCAAUCCAGAAGACUGUCGCGGGCCUUUCCUCCGUCGCUUUGAGGAUAUGUGCCAUUAUUUUCUUCAGACUUUUCCCUGCACAUUUCCCCUCGAUCGCUUUUGCCCUCUUCGCCGUAUAUGUACCAUCUUUUUUCGUCAGUUACUUUACUGCGCCCGAGCUUGAAGUCGUCGAGGACAAGGUCGACGUGACCGUAACAGAGACAACAGUCACCUCCAAGACUCCCCUAUUGACCAAGGAUGGUGUCGCAGUCGCGCCCAAGCCCGAGGUCGUUACGGACGAAAUCGACAUCAAAGAGAAGGUUGUGCUCUGCGAGAAGCCUGCCAGAGUAUGGAAAGUUCUACUAUUUGGCGCGCCAAGUAGCACCCGACCUUUCGCCUCUUUCUUGACAUUCUUGGUCAACAUCAUCCUGGUCAGCCUGACUGCCGAUGCUCUUUACCGGGCGAGACUGUACUACCCUGCCGAUGAUCUCUCGUUUGUUCGACUUGGAUAUGUGUCGCCCACCGAGGCUAAAUUCCUAAUCCGCGAGCCGGACCAGGCCAAGAUGCCUGUGACCUUGGAAAUCCACAUCAAGGACCCUCAGCCCCCUUUCGACAACACCAUGUGGCAGGCCGCCGGCGGUGUUAGAUGGACUGCCAACACUACCGAUUUUACAGCUGCAUUGAGCGUGCCUCUUACGCAUUCACACCAACGACGAUACGAAUGGAGAACUUCCAACAAUCACACUGGUGAAUUCCUCUCCCCUCCCAAGGCUGGCUCCAUGCCCGAGUAUCAUGAUGGGAAGUUUACCUUCCUCUCUACGUCAUGCAUCCUGCCCCGUUUUCCCUACAACCCGCUUGAUCACCCCUUGGCUAUUCCGGGUCUACGUCAUCUGGCGGACAAACUUCCUGAACUUGGUGCUCAGUUCAUGUUGUUCCUCGGUGACUUUAUCUACGUUGAUGUUCCAGAGCGAUUUGGAUCUUCCGUUGAAGAAUACCGCAUGCAAUACCGCCAGGUGUAUGCUUCACCAGACUGGGCCCCUGUUGCUCAAAAUCUGAGCUGGAUCCACGUCCUUGACGACCAUGAGAUCUCCAACGACUGGUCCUCAAACAACACCGGUAUUUACAAUGCUGCCGUUGAUCCUUGGCACAUUUACCAGGCCGACAUCAACCCUCCAAAGGCGCAGGCAGCCGGUACCAGGAACAUACGUGAAAAAGCAACCUGGUACGAGUUUGUUCAAGGUCCCGCUAGCUUCUUCAUGAUGGACACUCGCAGCCACCGAUCGGACAACAAGCUUCCUUUCAAUGCGACGGACAAGACCAUGCUUGGCCAGGAACAGCUGGCCGACUUCUUGACCUGGCUUGCCCGCCCAGAGCCUCAAGGAGUUCAGUGGAAGAUCAUUGCUUCAUCUGUCCCUUUCACCAAGAAUUGGCCCGUCAAUGUUCAGGACACAUGGGGCGGAUUCCUCGUUGAACGGAAGAAGAUUCUGGAGCACAUGUGGGAUGCUGGCGCACGAGGCACUGGAGUUAUCAUCCUCUCAGGGGAUCGACACGAAUUUGCCGCCACUAAGUUUCCGCCGCCGGCAGGGUCCCGAUGGCCCGAAUCCGCGACUGCGCAUGAGUUCUCCACCAGCCCGCUGAACCAAUUUGCGUCACCGUUCCCUACUUACAAGCAAACUGACGAUGAGGAUGUCAUGAUUAGAUACAUCCCUGGAGGCAUCUCGAAGUUUGGGUCCUUUACAAUGGAGAAGGACGGUGACAAGAGCACUCUGCAGUACCGUCUGUUCAUUGAUGGCAAUGAGACAUGGAGCACGGUUGUUGAGGCCCCUCCCAUGCCUGAAGUUGAGAAGGGUAGCCCCUCAUUUUGGGACAGGAUCAAAUUCAUUUAGGACAAGAUUGUCCUGUUCCUGGAGGUGUAAUUGUUUGGCGUUACGGAUUGAUUGUUUCGGAGGAUACAUGGACUGUCGUUCUUUGUUGGCUCUUGGUUGAGCCUUGGGAUAUAUAUAGGCUCAUCGUACAUUCAAUACCUCGCAUUAGUUUUAAUACAUACCAGCGGAAGGUACCCU